AUUAAAGAAGAGAAAGGCUACACUAAGUGCCAAAUAAGCAGCGACGUGGCCCGCGCCAAUAGCUCCACGACAUUGUACGAGAAUGAUAUUUGUCUUCACUCGGUCCAGCCUGUAAACGGUAAUCUGCGUCCGUACUGAUCAAAAGCACAUCGGUCAUCACUAUAAUGACGAAUUUGCCCAUCUGCUCUACAUCUACAGCCUGUAGAACCGCUACUUUAAAGUUUAAACCUUAUUAGACGACAACUCUUGACGUGAAGCUCGUAACUCCGUUCUCUCCACAAGAGGUUUUGUCUUUUUUUCUUCUGAAAGUGGCGGCGAUGAAAUACAAAGGAGGCGUUUUUAUCACAAUCAUCUUCUUCUUCUCCAUCGUUCUUUCUUUAUGCUCACUUGCUCACUCUUCUUCUACAAAAUCGUUCUUUUGGUUAGAAGAAAGAGAAGAUAUGAAAGCCAUGACGAAGGAGAAUGAGAUUGGUGUUGGUGUUGGAUCAGCUAAUGAAGUUGAAGAAAGACAAGUUCCGACUGGAUCUGACCCUCUUCAUCACAAACACGUUCCCUUUACUUCUCCUUAAUCAGAUAACUUAAUUGCUUCUGAAUCUUCUGUUUCACAUAACUCAUAUUAGAUUGUAACUUUUACGUUCCACUUUUUCGUUUUGUUUAUCGGUCGUCUUAAAUUAAUUUCAGAUUUGUAAUUGAUUAACUUCGUUAGUGUAAUGCCUUCACUCAUAAAAGAAAAAGGAAAAACUUCGCUAGUGUAUAACAUUUCAAUUGAUCAGGAUAACGUACCAAUCAUUUUGUCAUCUUCUGAGAAAUAUGUAGGCGAAAUACUUGUGGAUGCUGAGAAAUAUUGUCAUCUG